AUGGGGGGCCGCUGCUUCUUCUUCUUCCUCCUACUCUCCAUUCCUCGCGCCUCGCAGCAGCACCGUCUCCUCCACCACCACCACGCCAUAAACCGGCUGGUGCCGCACCACGCCAUAAGCCGGCUGGCGCCGCACCCCGCCAUUAGCCCGCUGGCGCCGCAACCCGCAGCCACAGCACCCAGCGGCGAGGGACAGGACCCCGACACGGCCCAUGAGUUCCUGUCCUCUCACAACCAGGUGCGCGCCACCAUCGGCGAGUCGCCCUUCGUGUGGGACGAGGCGGUGGCCGAGUACGCGCGCAACUGGUCGGACCUUCGGCGGAGCGACUGCGCCAUGGAGCACUCGCAGGGCCCGUACGGGGAGAACCUGUUCUGGGGGUCGGGGCAGGACUGGAAGGCGACGGACGCCGUCGAGAGCUGGGCGGCGGAGCGCGACAACUAUAACUCCUCCGACAACUCGUGCGCGCCGGGGAAGAUGUGCGGCCACUUCACCCAGAUCGUGUGGAACAGUACCGCCCGCGUGGGCUGCGCCAGGGUGGAGUGCGACGCUGGCGCCGGGGUCAUCAUCGUCUGCGACUACGACCCACCGGGCAACUGGGUCGGCGAGAUGCCCUUCAACGUAAACACUUGAGGAAGCGAGGAUGACGAUACAAGCUUUGGAGCGGCCGAGCCUCCGGUUGCAUGCGAUUGCAUGGGAAUAUUCUCCACGUUCUUCCAUUUUUGCAUGGUGGCAAGAUGACGUGAGAUCGUCUCGACGAGUUGAGAUCGUUUGCUAUGUAAUCCUGCGACUGACCACAUUUUAAUCUCUUCCAUUGAUGCUACAAAGUUUCAUUCCCACAAAUAUAGGAGCCAAUUAGCAGCGUCACAAGGUGAACUGUCACACAGAGACACACACACACACAUGUUAUACAGCGUCACAAUUAUCAGGGUAAUAUUUUCUAUAAUAUUGCUAACUAGCAA